GUUUCAAGACUUGUUAUUCUUCAUGAAGAAGCUGAAGAUGGAAAUGCGAUGCCAGAUUUGGAGCGGCCUGUGUACGCCGUCAGCAUGGCAGUUACGAAUCUCGUAAAAGUCGGAAAAGAAACAAUUAAUUCUUCGGAUGAUGCGCUGCUUAAACAAGACAUGCCGGCUGCGCUCCAACGUGUUGAAGGUGCUUCAAGACUUCUUGAAGAAGCUUCUGCAUUGCUGAAGCAUGAUCCGUACUCUGGACCUGCCAGAAAAAAACUGAUUGAAGGCUCUCGAGGUAUUCUUCAAGGCACCAGUUCUCUGCUUCUGUGUUUUGAUGAAAGCGAAGUCAGAAAAAUAAUCAGAGAAUGUAAAAGAGUGUUAGAUUACUUGGCUGUAACAGAAGUUAUUGAAACAAUGGAGGAUUUAGUACAUUUCUUAAAAAAUCUCAGCCCGUGUUUGAGUAAAGUCUCACGUGAAGUGGGUGCAAGAGAAAAAGAAUUGACUCAUCAAGUUCAUCGUGAAAUUUUAAUUCGUUGUUUGGAUCAAGUCAAAACUUUGGCGCCUAUUUUAAUUUGUUCGAUGAAAAUAUUUAUUCAUAUUAUAUCUCAGGGAGGCAGAGGUGCUGAAGAAGCUGCAGAAAAUCGCAAUUAUCUUUCCAGUCGCAUGUCUGAUGAAUUAAAUGAAAUUAUUCGUGUGCUUCAAUUAACAACUUAUGACGAAGAAGAGUGGGAUGCUGAUCAAUUGACGGUAUUGAAAAAAGCUCAAAGUGCAAUAGAAUCCCGAGUAAGAACCGCCCAUGAUUGGCUAGAUGACGGUCGAGCAAUGCAAGGUGGAGUUGGUGAAAAAAGUUUGCGCCAAAUAAUCGAACAAGCAAAUAAACUCGCCGAUCGGUAUUUGUCACCCUCACAAUCUGAAGCUAUGUCAAAAAUUACAUCGCAAUUAGCAACAAUGACUAAUGCACUCUGUGAAUUACGUCAGGACGGAAAAGGAACGUCUGUACAAGCAGAAUCUCUUGCUCGAGGAAUCAAAGAGAAGCUCAAUGAUCUCCGUUCUUCGGUAGCUUCAGCAAUUGUUGCUGUUGACAAAUCAGGAACAGCCCAAACAGCUCACACUGUCGCUGGUCGACUAGAGCAAGCCAAUAAAUGGCUGUUGAACCCUCAACAUGAUGACAAAGGGCUCGGACAGCGUGCCAUAGCUAUGAUUAUUCACGAAGGAAAAAAAGUUGCUGAAGGCCUUCCAGGUAUUCAUAAAGCAGAAAUUCUUCAACUUUGCGAUGAAGUUGAAAACUUAUCACGUCAGUUGGCAGAUAUGUGUGCUUAUGGUCAAGGAAAUACGCCACGAGCGCAAGAAAUCGCCCGACAAUUGUCACAAAAGCUUUAUGAGCUGAAAAAUCGUAUUCAACAAGCAGUAGUGUCGCGAGUGGUUGAAGAUUUUAUUGACAUUACAACACCACUCAAACAAUUUACCGACGCGGUUUUAACUCCCGAAGGCACUCCAGGACGUGAGCAAAAUUUCAACGACAAAACUCACGCGCUUCAGAUCUUUUCAAAUCGAGCUGUUAAAACAGCGCGUAUGGUAGCUGCUGGUGGCAGCAGUGGCAAUAAAAAAUUAGCUGAAGCUCUGUUAAACAGCGCUUCUCAGGUCGAAUCGUUGACCCCGCAAUUGGUCAAUGCUGGACGCAUCAGAAUGAGCUACCCGGAAAGCAAAGCUGCUGAUGAGCACUUUGAAAAUUUGCGUCAGCAGUAUGCUGAGACGAUGCAGCGCACAAGAGCCCUUUGUGAUGAAGCCACUGAUAGCGCUGAUUUUAUUCGCACGUCGGAGGAACAAAUGCAGAAACAUACUUUCCUUUGUGAAGAAGCCAUUGCUAAGCAACAUCCACAAAAAAUGGUUGAUAAUACCGCUGCUAUCGCUCGCUUAGCCAAUCGGGUUAUUCUUGUCGCUAAGCAAGAGAGCGACAAUAGUGAAGAUCUUUCGUUUAUUCAACGGGUUAAUCAAACUGCUGAUGUUCUUCAGCACUGUGUUACUCCCAUGGUCCAGGAUGCUAAAGCCGUCGCUAUGAAUAUCACUGAUGGGCCGUCUAUUUCACAUUGGAGGGAAAGCAAUCGCGCUCUUUUAAAUAGCGUGGGUCAAGUUCGCAAAGCUUUGUAUCCUGAUCAAAGAACUUCUCCGGAUAUUUCGCAACUGCACAUUAGCGACGUGGAUAAAGUGCCCAUACCUCGGCACACUUACUUUACAGAUAAAGUCGGUGAACCUUUGAAGAAUCAGCCGUCACCCAGCCACUUGAGCGCGGUCAGCCCGACAUUUAAUUCUGACAAACCGCAGCAUCGUUCCAUCAGUCCGUUGCCUAAAUGGGCACGUGGAGGAGAUAAUCCAGAUCUGCUAUACCAGGAACUAGCCUCUGACAACAACUUUGAGAAAACGGUUCAACCCGGAGAAAUGGCACCACCGAGACCUCCUUUGCCAGGGGGAGAGAUAGCCCCUCCAAGACCACCACCACCAGAGACUGAUGAUGAAGAUGAAAUGUUUAUGCAUGCUCCUCAACCUAAUCAACCGAUUAUGAUGGCAGCUCAUGGUCUUCAUCAAGAAGUUCGUCAGUGGUCUAGCAAAGACAAUGAUAUUAUUGCUGCUGCUAAAAAAAUGGCUAUUUUGAUGGCUCGUCUUUCUGGUUUAGUUCGAGGCGAAGGCGGUAAUAAACGUGAUUUGAUUGCUUGUGCUAAAGCUAUUGCUGAAGCAUCACAGGAAGUUACACGUUUAGCUAAAGAAUUGGCUCGAGAAUGCACUGAUAAGCGUAUUCGCACGAACUUGCUUCAAGUAUGUGAAAGAAUUCCGACAAUAGGAACUCAAUUGAAGAUUCUAUCGACUGUAAAAGCAACAAUGCUUGGUGCUCAAGAAACGCUCCCCACCUGGGAAGAACUGAUGCUAUAUGGUACGGAAGAGGAUCAAGAAGCAACUGAUAUGCUUGUCGGAAACGCUCAAAAUCUUAUGCAGAGCGUAAAGGAGACAGUGAGAGCUGCCGAGUGUGCAAGUAUAAAGAUCCGUACGGCCUCGGGAAUGAAACUCCGUUGGGUUCGUCGUCAGCCUUGGUACCAAUAUUAG